AUGCGUAUCCAGUAUCUAACCUUUUUUCUGGUAUUACAUGUGAAUCCCUGCGUGCCGUCUGGUUAUGACGUCAUUUGUCCACUUCCGCCGCCGUGUGAAUGUGACAGAGAUGACCCAAUCGUGUACUGCAGGGAUAAAAACCUAACAGCUGUUCCCACCGUCACAAAGGCGGACGGCUUGUGGACAUUUUAUCUGGGCGCCAACCAAAUCAGACACGUUGCCUCGAGAAAUUUUGUGGGGGUAACACUUCAAAUGUUGAUUCUUGACAGCAAUAAAAUCGACAGUAUUGCAGACGACGCGUUCGCCGGAAGUGAAGAUAGUCUGAUUGUCCUGCACCUCCACUACAACCGAUUACAGGAACUACCCGUUGCUGUUGGUAAUUUACGUAAACUCAUGGGGAUAAAUUUGCAAGGAAACCCCAUGCCAGAUUUCAGAAAAGAUGUGCUGCAAAAUGUUUCUUCUUCUUUGCAAUUUAUAAGCAUGGGGUCUGUUGAAAUGCCGAAAUGGCCCAGUAAUUUGAAAUACCUGCCCAAUUUGAUAUCAAUCGAUGUUUAUGACGUCACUUUUCCCAGCAUUCCAAACGAUGCUUUACAUAUGUACAAGGCGAACUUGUCUUUCUUUAGCCUUUACAAUACAAGUUUAAAAGCUCUGCCGUCUUUAGAUGGACUUGAUUCUCUAGGAGACUUGCUAUUUCAAGGCAAUAAAAACCUUUCAGCCAAUGCAAUAUCAAAUGCAGCCAAGAGCGGACUGCCGAACCUGAUGCACGUUACCUUCCAAAACAAUAAUCUGAUAACACUUCCAAGCAUAUUCAUGAAUUCUCCAAAACUUGGUGCCUUGUCGGUUUACUCAGAACCUAUGGAAGACAUCCGCGAGGACGUGUUUUCGCCAGGUUUAUUUAAGAACUUCAUAUAUUUGUUCAUAAACGACACACGUCUCACUCGCAUACCAUCCUGUGUAUCUUCCUUAGCAACCGUUACCCGACUUCAGAUCACCAACAGCAAAAUCACGGAAAUCAACAGCGAGGACUUUAGCGGAAUGACAGGACUUACCUCCCUUUAUCUCUCUGGGAAUCCCAUUUCACAAUUGUCAAAUGACGCAUUUAUGACCAUCAACCAGUUGGGUGAUCUGCGAUUGGACAACACCAUGUUGACUACCAUCCCAAAAGCUGUGCAGAAUAUUAAAGCAUUGCAGGACGUUGAUCUUUCUGGUUCACCUGUUGAAUGCAGUUGUGCGAGUUUAGGUUGGAUGAAGCAGUGGAAAACGAAGCCCCCAAAUCUCCAAAUAUUCGGCAGUUGUGCCAACAUCCAUAUGACUAUUAUGAGUUUUGUUAGCUUGGAGGUUCCUAAAUGUGCAAACUAAAUUUUUCUGCGUGAAUGUAAUUAUAUGAUCAAUGUCCUUGCACAAACAUUUUCUUAUAUACAUGCAAAUGGAUAUAAUUAGAUCUUUAUCACAUUUAUUUUUGUUUUAAAUUUGACAUGUACAUGAUAUAACUUAACUAAAACACCUAUACACUGUAUCAAGCCUAUCUUGAAAUGUUCAAAUACUAGUACAUCAGUGUAUGCAAUCCGAUUGACAUGAACGUAAAUGUACAUUUACUGUAAUGACAUAGAUUCUAGUAGUAUUUAUUUAAUCAUGUUUGAGCAUCCAAAAACUUUAUAAUGCAUAUUAAA